UGUUCCUAGCAAAAAUCGAUAAAACAAAAAUGAUUGAUGACCAACUUGACUAUGGUUUAACUGCUAUAGUUGUAUCCUCUGUUUGUUGGUUUCUUUGGCUUUACGCCAAGUACAAACCGCGGUCUCCACCGUUGCCGCCGGGACCUUGGGGCCUUCCCAUUAUCGGAUUCCUUCCAUUCCUCAAACCGGACUUCCAAGAGUUGGCUAAAAAGCAUGGUCCCAUUUUCAAACUCUGGCUCGGGGCGAAACUGACAAUCGUGGUCACCUCUUCUGAAGUAGCCCAAGAUAUUCUCAGAACGAAUGAUAUCAUCUUCGCAAACCACGAUGUCCCUGCCGUUGCUCCCGCCAAUACGUACGGUGGUAUGGAGAUCGUUUGGUCACCGUAUGGACCAAAGUGGCGGAUGCUGAGGAAACUAUGUGUUAAUAGGAUACUGCAACGCGCCAACGCCAUGUUGGAUUCUUCCACUGACCUCCGUCGCCGAGAGACUCGGAAAACCGUCCGGUAUUUGGCGGGCCAGGCUCGGGUCGGUUCACCGGUUAACUUGGGAGAACAAAUAUUCUUGAUGAUGUUGAAUGUUGUGACGCAGAUGCUAUGGGGCAGGACGGUCAAAGGCAAAGAGAGGGAGAGUGUCGUAGCCGAGUUCUUAGAGGUGAUUAGAGAGAUGAACGACCUCCUGCUAGUGCCCAAUAUAUCCGACUUUUUUCCGGCAUUGAGCCGAUUUGAUCUACAAGGUUUGGUUAAGCGUAUGCGAGGACCAGCUCAGAGGAUGGACCAGAUGUUUGACCGGAUUAUUAACCAACGGUUGGGGAUGGAUAGGGAAAGUGACUGGAAAACUGAAGAUUUUCUGGAUGCCUUGUUGAAAGUUGGAUCGGAUGAAAAAGAUGAAAAGAUAAAAUUGACCAUGAACGAUGUCAAGGCUCUGCUCGUGGACAUGGUGCUCGGUGGUACAGACACAUCACUACACAUCAUAGAAUUCGCGAUGCCCGAGCUAUUACACAACCCGGAUAUCAUGAAGAGAGCUCAACAAGAGCUUGACAAAGUUGUGGGCAAAGAAAAGGUUGUGGACGAAUCUCACAUCUCUAAACUUCCAUACAUUCUUGCCAUUAUGAAAGAAACUCAAAGGCUUCACACGAUUGUUCCACUCCUUGUUCCUCGCCGACCGUCAAAAACCACCGUGGUGGGCGGCUUCACCAUCCCUAAAGAUUCAAAGAUUUUCAUCAAUGUGUGGGCGAUCCAUAGGAACCCCAAUGUAUGGGAGAAUCCACUAAAGUUUGAUCCCGACAGGUUUCUUGAUAAGUCUUAUGACUUCAAGGGAAAUGACUUCAACUAUUUACCGUUUGGGUCUGGUCGUAGAAUAUGUGUGGUUGUUCUUUACAAUCUCGCUACGUUAUUGCAUUCUUUUGAUUGGAAAAUUCCACAAGGAGAGAGAGUGGAGGUGGAGGAGAAGUUUGGGAUCGUGUUGGAGCUAAAGAAUCCACUUGUUGCCACGCCCUUACUAAGGUUGUCCGAUCCAAAUCUUUAUCUUUAGAGUUUCAAGUUCAACACAAAGAAAUACUGAAUGUUAUACAGCGGGCUUAUUUGUGUUCUGUAUUAUUUAAUAAAAGCCGUACAAUG